UGUUUUUAUUUAGACAUGGCCGUAAAUAUUGUUUUUAAGAACACGUAGCGGCAGGCUACGUUGGUUAGAUUUAGAUCUAGACUAGACCUAAAAAAAAAUCUAGAUAUAUUGUUGAGUCGGAUCUAGAUCUAGUUAAUAAGUUUUUUUUGAGACAGAGAACUAGCAGAACAAAGAAAUCAAUAUAUUAAAUUAAAAUCGAUUUAAAAAAUGGAUAUACUGAUAUACUUUAAAAUAGAUGAUAAUAGACUAAAUAGAUCUAGUCUAGAUAGAAUUUAAGACAUUUUUUUAUUCUUGACUUUGUGUUCUCGCAAACAAAAAGUCUUAGAUCUAGAUAUAACAUAAUUUCACUGAUAAGACUGAUUAUCUCAUGGCUAGGAAACGGAACUCAGUAUCGAAGCACGAUAGAAGAGUUUACAAAUUGGUGCACUGACAACUUUCUAGAACUGAAUGUCACAAAAACUAAAGAACUUAUAAUAGAUUUCAGAAAGAAAAACAGAUGAUAUAUGAACUCCAGAUAAAGACUACAUCGAUACAACAAGUGAAGUCAUAUAAAUAUCUAGGCGUCAUCAUUGAUAAGCUCUCAUGGGAAGAGCAUCUUGGAACUCUGGCAAAGAAAACAGCCCAGCGACUAUUUUUCCUAUACUAACUCAAUAGCUUUAAACUAAAUAAGAAGAUCUUGUUGGCAAGGCUACGCUUCAUCUAAACUGUUGCGCCACCUAGAAAACAUUAUAAAAAGGGCAUCAAAAAUCACACAUACAACAUUAUCAUAUUUAAAUGAACUUUAUGAACAAAAAUGUCUAAGAAAAAUCUUGGAAGAUAACAAACACCUGCUCCAUCAUAACUACGUCAAGACGUCACGAAGUGGGCGACUACUGUCAAUCAAGAAAAGAACAGAGCGGUACAAAAAUUCGUUUAUACCUUACUCGAAUAUACUUUAACUGCCCUCUCGUAAAGAUUGCAAACAGUGAACGAAUGAUGUUGAGAUGGAUCCUGUUGGUCCUUAUGUUUGCUUUAGUACUUUUAGCUGUCUUGACCUUAACAAAUGUCAUUCAUAUAUCCAGCACUAAGACUUUAGAUAGUAUCAAUGAAUUACAUUAUGGCAUAGUGAUAGACUGUGGUAGCAGUGGUAGUAGAAUAUUUGUUUAUUAUUGGCCUACACAUUCAGGGAAUCCUAAAGAUCUUCUAAAUGUGCAACAACUUUUAGAUUCAUCAGGCAAUGCAGUUGUCAAAAAAAUAUCACCAGGAUUAUCAUCUUAUGAGAAAACUCCAGAUGCUGCCAGUGAUCAUAUAAAAGAGCUUCUCCUUUAUGCUCAAAACUAUAUUCCAAAAGAGAAAAUUCCUCAAACCUCAUUGUAUGUGAUGGCAACAGCAGGGAUGAGAAUGUUAGCACCAAGUGCCCAGCAGGCUAUUCUACAAGAUCUUAGAGAAGACAUUGGGCAAACAUUUCAAUUCAUUGCUCCUGAAAAUCAUUUUGAAAUAAUCAGUGGAAAACAAGAAGGUGUCUAUGCUUGGAUUGCCAUCAACUAUGCACUGGAUAGAUUUUCACAUAGUCAAAGAGAAGAAGACCAACUGAAGACAUUAGAGUCACUGCCCUCAUCACCAGGAGAUCACCAACACAAGACUACAGUUGGUAUCAUAGACAUGGGGGGUGCAUCAAUACAGAUAGCAUUUGAAAUAACUGAUCAGGCAAUAGUGAAAGACAUCCCAGCCUCAUUAUUGUCAGAAUUUAAUUUAGGCUGUCAAGAUAGUGAUGAGGACCACAAGUAUAAUGUCUAUGUCACCACAUUUCUGGGCUAUGGGGCCAAUGCUGCCAGGAAGACAUAUGAAACUAUGUUGCUGCAGAAACAUUCUUCAGAUUCAAGUUCAACAAAACCUGAGCCCAUUCAAGAUGUCUGUCUUCCAACUGGCAUGCUGUAUGAUGUGCAAAGUGAAUCAGGCCAUUCACACAAGUUUUUGGGACAGGGGGACUAUGAGGCUUGUCAGUCAGCAUUAGAGCCAUUGAUGAACCUGACUGCACCCUGUAGUCAGAGUCCAUGCUCCUUAAAUGGAAUUUAUCAACCUAAGAUUGACUUGUCUGGAGAGUUCUAUGGGUUCUCAGAGUUCUGGUACAGUACAGAAGAUGUGUUUAACAUUGGUGGCCCCUAUGACUAUCAACGUUUCCAUGACAAAGCAAAGGAAUUUUGCAAGACUCACUGGAUAACAAUCCAAGAUAGAUUCAAAAAGCAUCUUUACCCAAAGGCUGAUGAUGCUAGAAUAGAACUUCAGUGUUUCAAGUCAGCUUGGAUGACACAGAUCUUUCACAAAGGAUUCUCCUUCCCCACAAGUUACUCUCAAUUCACCUCAGCUCAAUUAGUGAAUGGUAAAGAUGUUGGAUGGACACUUGGGGCUCUGAUUUACAAGACAAGGUUUCUUCCCUUACGCGAUAUUGAACGCUUGGAAGAAAUCCACCUAAAUCAGAUGACGUCUUCAUGGCAAAAAGUUUCUCGAGCAAUAGAUGCAUCAUAUUUAUUAAGUGGCUGUUUCCUUAUUGUGCUAGCUGCAAUAUUUGUCUACAUGAAACGUUUGAAAUGUUGUCCCAGAACAGAAUUGCCACGAGUGGCAUCUAGGUCUUAUUUCAUGACAGAACCAGACCAAAUGGAACAAGGCCUUACUAAAAGCCACAGUUAUAGUUUAUAAUGUAGGCUUUACCUUAGUUCACUGGUCUCUCCCAGUUCUCAUCAGCCAGUAAGUAGACAUCCUGGUUCUUUUUGUGAUGCUAAUGUACACCAUUCUUUAUGUUGUUACUUUACUAAAUAGAGUUUGGCUAUCACAGUGUAUUUCAAAAAUAUUUCUCACUUACUUAAACCUGCACUCACUAGGCCCAGCAUUGAGACUGUGAAAUGUUUGCGCUUGUAGAUAGUACACUUUCCUGUUUAUUUAACCAUUACAUCAUGUUGUAGUAAUUAUAACACUUCAAAUUUGUUGGUCUUUCAAGUUGCCAAGUGAUUGCUGUUACAUUUCAUUGACAAGUAUCUAAAACUGAGAAUGUUUUGAGUAACUCGGUAUUCUUAUUCUUUGAUCUACUUUUGAACUGUUACUUCUGCUAUGAGUUGACAUUAUGCUGCCUUCACAAAUGUCUGUUAGUUGUAUCCAUCUUUGAAGUGGGAAAACAAGUAAGGUUGGGGUCAGUUUUUGGAUGUUGAACUUUUGUUUUGGUUGAAAUUUUACCAUCCCCACCUCCAAGUAUCAAAAGUAAGAGAAUAAAGAUUUGUAAGAGUGUGUUUAAUGUCAUGAGGUUGUGUUGAUUUCAAUACUUAACUUGUAUUUUCUACUUAAUUGACUGUAUUAUAUGUCAAAUAUAUGUGUCAAUAAUGCACUUUAUUUUAGAUAAAUAUCAACAUUUGGGGCAUAGAUCUAUAUUGUCAAGGACUAGAGAUAUUUGUAUUUCCCAAUGCUGGUCAAGUUAGAAAGUGAGUGGGACACUAUGCUACUAUUGGUAAUACUUCCUUUCUUGUAACACACUGGACAAAUGAUACUGUUUGGAACAGGGCACAUUCUAUUAUUUGUUAGUAUUUGUUUCUUUAAUUUGUUGAUGGAAAUUGUUUUUACAAAGCUUAUUUUAACUCACUCUGUCUGUCUGGUAAAAAGUUUGUAAACUCCCACACUUGUUCUCAAAUCAAGUUGAAACUUUGCACUAAUUUUGAUUGGCAUCGUGACAAGACAUAAAUCAAUUUUUAAAAAAAUUGACUACUGAUACCAACAAGGGAAAUUAAUCCUUCAGUAUUCACAUAUAUGGCUAAAUAUGUUGGGUUUGGUGCCUUUAUAUAAUUGUUCACAUUAUUUCUUCCACACCAGUUCUCAGAUCAAGUUGAAAUUUUAAACAAUCAUUUAUUGUAUGUAACAAAAUAUGAAUCAAUUAGUCAAUUAAUUCAUUGGUAAUUAAUUAUUUUGUUUGAUAUAGAAAAGGGGAAUUAACUUCUAUAUUAUUGAGAGAUUUGGAAAAAGUAAGUGCAGAGCUCUUGCCCUUGGAUAAGCUUUGUUUAAAAAAAAGAUCUUUUAAAUAUUUGCUUGUUUUUGUUUGAUCUUCACUAUUUUAAAGCUGAUGAUUUGAAUUGAUGACAUGAAUUGUUUAAUGUUUGUUUCAUUGUUGAGAAAAGAAUCAAGUUGGAUAAACUUUAUUGUAAUGAUGACUUGAUUUUGGGUUAGUAAGAUACUGGUACCGGUAUGUUUUGUAUUGACUUCCUUUAGUUUUCUUUCAGUCAUGAGGUCAAGCAUAUUUUUUUUUACCUUCAAAGUUUGUAGUAUGUUCAAGUGCUCAUGCAAUACUCAACUCAAACUUAAGUUAGAUGCAUUGUAUUACUGUGUCUUUGUUUGUACAAUUGUUCUUAAUUCACAUUUAUGUUUAGACUUUCUGAAGCUUGUUCUAGAAUGUUUGUUUUGACAAAUGUUUGUACCAGAAAGUUGUCUGAUAUUAUUAGAGCAGAACUAGAGUAGUGGGAUGUAUGUCAGUAAGACUCAAAGAAUUCCUAGUCCAUGACUGUCACAUUCUAUACCAAUGGUCUAGCCAAUGUCUUCAGCAGCCACAUUUCUGUUUCUUACAUUAAGAACCUAACUUUUGUUGUAAUGAUGCUCACAGCAUGCUAGUGUCUACUGACCAACCAAACAUGUAGGCAAGAUCUGUUUAUGUGAUACGGUAGUUAAAUAUAUUUGUAUACAUUUUGUUUUGAUUGACAUGAGCCAUAUACCCUCUAGUUGUAGGCCUACAGUUAUGCACUAACUACUUGCUAAGGUUAAUGUAACUCUGUUCUAUACAACAUUUUGACUCACUGCUAUGAUAUUGAAUUUUUAACAAAGUUGACAUCUAUACUGUCACAUGUCAUUCCUAUGGUAUCAUCUUGACCUUAUUAAUUGUAGAUUUGUUGUAUUUUUUUUUUAUUUUUUGGGUUUGAGAUUACUUCAAAGAUCAAAAUAGUUUUACUACAAACAAUCAAACACUCUACAAACCUGCUGGGGAGUUUAUGUUCACUUGUUCCUUUUAUGUUGCCAUCAAGUUGUCCAUCUCAAUGUACCUACAGUUGGAAUGUCAAUCUAUGUUUCUUGUUCAUGAGGUAGUCAUUGAGUGUAGGAUAUUUGAUUGACACAUUUCCCCAGUUUUGUAACAUUUUUUUUUGGUCUUGAAAUAAAUUGCUGUUCCAUUGAGAAAUAAUUCAAAUCUGGAACAUGUUGAUGCCUGGGACUUUUUUCUUCAUUUUAUUUUCAAUGCAAGCAAAUGUUUGACUAAGUUGUCUGUUUAUUGUACAUUAGAAACAAAUGUUUACUGUCUGUAUACAAUGUGUACAUUCUUAGCAAAACAAAUUUUUGUACAAGUUUGUUGUAAAUAAUGUUUGAAUUGACAUUCUGAUUUAUUUAUAGUGUUGAAUUGAUUUCUUUUUGUGAUCCUAUUGAAUGACCUUGGGAGAAAUGUCUAAUGGUUGGAUGAUCAUGUGCCAAUUGUUGAAUGAUCAUGUGCCAAUUGUUGAAUGAUCAUGUGCCAAUUGUUGAAUGAUCAUGUGCCAAUUGUUGGAUGAUCAUGUGCCAAUUGUUAAAUGAUCAUGUGCCAAUUGUUGGAUGAUCAUGUGCCAAUUGUUGGAUGAUCAUGUGCCAAUUGUUGGAUGAUCAUGUGCCAAUUGUUGGAUGAUCAUGUGUCAAUUGUUGGAUGAUCAUGUGCCAAUUGUUGAAUGAUCAUGUGCCAAUUGUUCAUUCUAUUUUUGUUGUUCAUGUUUUUUUUUUUGUUCAACUUACUGCCAUGUUUGACAGACUACUUUAUGCUGCUCAAUGUUGUGACUACAGAGGCAUAAAUGUAAGUAGAUAACAAUGAGUGGUCACUUUUACAUUGCAGCAACAGACAAUAUCGACUGGACACAUUUUUAAUAUCAUAGACAACAUUGACACAUCCUAGACUAAGAUGACAUUGACUGGACACAUUAAAAAAAGCAUUGAAUGUGCACAUCAAUGAAAUUGACUGGUGCACUGAAAUAUUUAAAACACUACAAAACUGUUUGGGGAGAAUAUUGGUGAUAGAGCAUAUGUCCUAAGAUAUUACAUGUUCUGGGUAUUUUAGGGUUGAAAAAAAUGUACAUUUUCUUUUGUUUUUUGCAAUGCAUUUGAAUCUAUUAUAUGACAUUUUAUUUCACAAUGGAAAUACAAUAAAUUCAUGGUUUGACAA